UUUGCUCCGGUCGUGCAGCAAAACCGCGUUCGCUUAUAAUCCGGUGGUCGAUCAUAGCCAUACAUACACUUAUACUAACUUUGGGCUCUGAUAGAUAUCCUGCCUAUUAGUUACUUUUGUUCUUCUUCUUAUCUUUUUACUGCUUCUGGGAAGAGAGUCCCGCGCGGAGUCGGAAAGGAUUUAGUGCUCGGCUCAAGUGUUGUGUGGGAGUAGAAUUUAAGCUGAACCGUUGAGAUCUGGAAUUAGAAAAGGUUUCGAUUGUGCUGUAAGAUGGAGAAGAAGAAAAACAGCGAUACAAUGUCGUUGAAGGUCCAGCAGAUCGAACGGUGUGAUAAACUUCCUGUUUCGCGGGCGUAAGAUAUUGACUUAUACAGUGUGACGGAUUGUGAUUAUCGGAGGCACUGGUUCGGUAUCCUAGGGGGGCCAGUACUGUUGUCAUCUAAGAUUGUUCUGGAAAACAGUCAAAGUGUGGGUCUCUCGUACGCGGAAUUAGUGCAGUUAACCGUUGAAUUUGUGGUUCCUUGGUAGCGAAAAGUACAACGCAAUGAUGGCUUAUGGCAGCUGUUUGAACUGCUGCUGUUUAUGGAUAAUAAAUAGUUGAAACGUGAUCGUGCGAAUUCGAGCUUUAUACACGUGCGCGGAAGGCGCACGGUAUUCUGGUGAGAAAAUCGAUUACUUUUACGACAUUUCACCGAGUUACAUUGCCGAGUAUGAUGGAAAAUGAGUGCAAUCAAGUGUUAACUAUCUGCGGAAAUCGGCUGUGUAGCGCGAGUGUAUUGAAACUCCCACGCGGUAGAAAUUGCACCCCAUCGAAGGCAGCUGGGAGAUUUGCGGCCGUCUUCAAAUUCAAUUAGUGUUAAUUAGUGUAUCGAAAACGGAUGAAAUCAGAUAGUGUAGUGAUAAUCGUAAUUGAAUACGCAUUGGGAGUAUACUGAAAAGCCUAGCUAAUAAGUGAAACACGUUGUGAGGUUUAUCUAUAAUAGUGAUAGUGCUAGAAACAGCAGCUCAUGCUGCACCACUUCGAAUUAAGCUGAAUUACAUCAAACCGAAACAGCGAGGAAAAUCCAUCUGCUGUUUGUUCGGAAAAUUAGUACAACUAUCGAAGUGCUUACCCCUUAUUGGAAAGUGGAUUCCAUGGUAAGCGGAUGACCGUGUAUACAACAGUCCGAUUAAUUGGAUUGCGAAAAAAAGCAAACAAAUAGAAAUACUCUCUCUCUCUCUCUUUGUGGGAACGGAACAGGUGCUCGAGCAAAGGUGAUCGCAGUAAUGACGAACGAUGUGAAUCUCGGAGGACAAUAGUCUGGCAAAUAGACAUCGAUUGUUAUCCAGGAGCGUUCUGAAAAGAAAACUCAGUCGAUGUUAUCGUGGGGGUGUCCUUUGUAGACCUGGACACUGUAGGGAAAUUAACAAUAGCCACCAUCAAUAGCAGAGCGCAAAUACUUGGCAAGCGUCCACCAACGGAGGUCCUGAAAAUUGCGACUGCUAGGGAAGCGCCUUUCGGGAAUGUUGAAUAAUAGUGUGUGUCGUCGUGACACGUGUAGUGCAUCAAUUGCUGUUUCCAGAGCAUCCCCGAAAAAGGGCCACAUCGCACCGGCCGCCAGCCAAAGUGAGUGAAGUCUCGCCGCAGCGGAAAUCAUUGAUCAACGAUGAAACUUAGUGUCAGUGCCUAUCGAGCCCAUGCAUCAGCACACAAGAAAAUUCUCUCCAGCAGCACCUACCAGACGCAAUUCAACUACGGAAGCACAUUGGCCGCUUGCAGUUCAACACCAACAUCUUCGGGCCUGUUUUCAAUGGACCCGGCCAAUCCGAACUCGGCCAUAAUAUCAACAUGUUCGACGAUAUCCACCGGCAGCCAUGCCACCAGUACGACUCUCGCCGGCAUCGGCGGUGCCACCUCGGGAGUGGUCGCCGAGAAUCAAUCCACACUGCUCAGCCCAUCGCUGCUUUCACCAGGGACCAACACUGCGACGGCAUCGAUUGCCACAUCCCGCGAUGACGAGGACGACUCGAGUAAUCAAGUGUCUUCCGCUGGCAGCAAAAGCUCCGGACAACGACAGCGUACCAUUCUGCAACGAAUGAAUUUGGAGCAAUCUUCAGAGACGAAGUCCAACCAGCGAUGGAUGAAACUACGGACGACGGUGCAAAUCUCGUCGGCCAUGGCCAAGAAGCCGCCGCUCAAACGGGAGGACUCCUUCCUGAAGAGGUUCUCCACCCGGCAGAUACCGGAAACGCAAGAAACAGUGGAAGACACCGGCUCCGAGGGCGCCACCGAUCCGGACAAAACUGCCCGGCGUCGGCGGCGCCUGAAGAUCCCCAAGUCGGUCGUCAACCCGGACGAGAACUUUUACUUCUACUGGCUGAUGGUGGUGACGAUCAGUAUCCUGUACAACCUGUGGACACUGAUCGUGCGCCAGAGCUUCCCGGAGCUGCAGUCCAAUGCUUCCAAAUUCUGGUUGAGCUGUGAUUGUCUUACUGACCUUGUUUUUAUACUAGACGUAGUUGUGCAACUAAGAACCGGCUAUCUGGAACAAGGACUCAUGGUCUACGACUCGAAGAAACUGGCGGGCCACUAUCUACACUCGAGUGAAUUUUUAUUAGACUUAGCAAGUUUAGUACCUUUAGAUAUUUUACAAAUUCGCCUCGGUAGCCAGCCCCUGCUGAGAUUUCCUCGCUUUUUCAAGGUUUAUCGCGCAAUAAAGUAUUACUACAUCGUCGAAAGCCGAACGGUUUGGCCCAAUCUGUGGCGGGUGAUAAACUUGAUUCACAUCCUGCUCAUUCUGGCUCACUGGUUCGGGUGCUUCUACUAUCUGCUCUCCGAGGCGGAAGGGUUCCAGGGUGACUGGGUUUACCCGUACAGGCCGGGUGAUUACGCCACCCUAACCCGCAAGUACCUAGGCAGCCUCUACUGGUCGACGCUGACGCUAACCACGAUCGGAGAUUUACCGACGCCGGAAACGAACGCAGAACCGUCCAAUUCAGCAGACGGUCCCAGGUCUAUUCCGCGACGGGGACUCAAAUCACGAUUGCUACAGUUCAACUCGAGCAACGGAUACGUGUUUACCAUCGUCAGCUACCUGAUCGGAGUGUUCAUUUUCGCCACCAUCGUGGGCCAGGUUGGUAACGUGAUAACCAAUCGGAACGCAAACCGGCUAGAGUUUGAGCGGCUGCUGGACGGCGCUAAAACUUAUAUGAGGCACCACAAGGUGCCUGGCGGAAUGAAACGACGAGUGCUGCGCUGGUACGACUACAGUUGGUCCCGGGGGCGGAUACAGGGCGGAGGGGAUAUCAAUACGGCGCUCGGGCUUCUACCGGAUAAGCUCAAGACCGAACUGGCGUUGCACGUUAACCUCAGUGUACUCAAGAAGGUGACCAUUUUCCAGGAGUGCCAACCUGAGUUCCUGCAUGAUCUGGUGCUAAAAAUGAAGGCCUAUAUUUUCACACCCGGAGACUCGAUCUGUCGGAAGGGUGAAGUCGCGCGGGAGAUGUUUAUUAUCGCCGACGGCAUCCUGGAGGUGCUGAGCGAAACGGGGAAGGUGUUAACCACUAUGAAGGCGGGGGAUUUUUUUGGGGAAAUUGGAAUCUUGAAUCUGGAUGGGUUGAACAAACGAACGGCAGAUGUUCGGUCCGUAGGCUACUCGGAACUGUUUUCGCUGUCCCGCGAGGAUGUUUUGACAGCAAUGAAAGACUACCCAGACGCACAAGAGAUUCUCCAGACGCUGGGACGCAAAAGACUGAUGGAGGUGCGCUGUAUAAACAAGAAGCACGCCAACAAACAUGCCGCGAAGGAGCACGGCACGGACCAUAGCUCAAACGCAAACAACAACAAUAACAACAAUACCCAAGGUGAUAGUAGUGAUAAUAGUGCCUCAAAACGUAUCGUAGAUAAGCUAAAAAGUGAUGUUAAGGGAUUGAAGAAUGCUCUUCGUAAGUCAAGAACGGCAACAACUAGACGUAGUAACGAGUCGAUCGAGCUCCAGCCUUUACAGGGUACUAGCAGUGGUGGUAGUGGCUCCAAAACUCCCAAAACUGUGCUCCGACGGAUGGCACGUGUCAAAUCGGAAGACAUUCAUACGGAAGAUGAGGGAAAGGAUCACGAUAAAAUGCCUAGCCCGAUCGGGGCUGGCCUUCCACUGUUGCAACGCUUGCGGCUCCUCAAAGAGAAACAAGAUCGGGAGGAGCGCGCCGCGAAAGCGACCGCCAACCAAGUCACCACGACCACUACCGCACAAAUAAUCUCCCCGCCGCAUACUCACGUAACCUCUGCCGUAUCACCGCAGGAAUCGAUUCAGGAAGAACCGGAACCGGAAGUGAUCGGGGCCGGGCUGCCGCUCUUCCAGCGGCUGCGAUUACUCAAGGCAAAGGAGGAACACCAGGCUAAGGAGGCGCAAGCAAAGUUGCAGGUGAUAACGAACCAAACUUCCAGCUCGCCUUCGCUAUUCCAGAGCCUUAGUCCUACGUCUCCGACACAGCAGAAGGGUCCACCUAGUCCAAUUCUGGCAACAUCUGCCGCGGCCGGUCACCAUCACUCUCACGCAAGAUCUGCGAUGAGGGUUUCGUUCAAAGAUCGCAUCAAAAGUAUGCAGCGACUAGAAUCAAAGGCGGAAUCACGCAUGAUUGCGAGUUCGGAUGGAGCGGACGUGAAACAACACCUCCUAACGAGUGGACCCGUGAAAACACACAACCGGCACUCUGCGGCACAAGCACUGAAAGACAAAAUCCGAUCCCUUGGACAUUUGCAACGAUCUGACGACCAGCUGAAACCAUGGUCCAAGCUAAAGCUAGCAACCGUAGUUAGUGUAGGAGGAAGUUACUCUAGCUUAAGCAAUAGUUUAAACGAAGACGCCCCAAUUCUGGAGCAAUCUAAGAAAGCCGGUCGUCUGAAGACAUCGAUUCCGGCCGACUUGAACUUGAACUCGCUGGUAUCCACCGCCCCGCCGCCGAUUUUUUCCGCUCCACCAACGACGACCACCAGCGGGUCGAUGUUCCAGCCACCGAUCAGUGUGUUCAGCCGAAGUAAUACAGCCAUCGAGAAGGUUUGCGUGAGUGAUAGUGAAGUCACAAGAAAGAAACAACCUCCGCCUCCGCCGGCUCGCGUCCGGAUGAAACCGAAACCGCUUAAAUUAACCAAAGAACCACGAAGCUAUAAGAGCUAUGUAUCCAUCGAUGACCUCUCGCCAGAGUACAGCGGCCUUCCGUUUGUUAAGCGGCUCAAAAUAUUAAACGAACGCCAGAAGCUUGCCGAACUCGAGUCGGCGAUGCAAACCCGUAGCCUUAGUCUAGACUGUACCGAUUCCAACAGUAGCAACGCCGGUUACGAUCCUUCCGAUCAGCUGUCCCGCAGCAAAAGUGAAGCUUCCGGAAUUGCAACGAAACGACCGAAAAGUACCAAAGAGGAACCAUUUUGCAAAAACACUCCGCUCAGUCCGGAAUCGAACGAAACGCCAGAACGGCGUCAACUGAAAAGUAUUCUCAAGAAGCUCUCCGAAGACAAACUGGCCCUCGAUCAACGACAAGGCAUUCAGACCCGGGAUAUGCGGAAGCUGAUGCGUGCCCAAACGGUGGAAGGGUACGUUGCUAGACACAGCAAGUUUGCGAAGAGCGUAACCUUCAAUAGAAACACACUUUCUAGUCCCCCAAGCAGUGCUAAUUUAGGUGACUCUAUUGAAGAACGCACUCUUUUUCCCAUUCCUAGCGCACAAAGUAAUGCUCCCACUGCGGUGACCACCACGACCAAUUCGACCAGCGAAGAAAGCUCUGUGGCGACCAUCGCAGAAAACGUACGAUUUUCCUCGUCGGGUCCGGUGCCGCUGUCAUCACCACCGACGAUAAUUACGGAGCCGGAAUCCGACGAACAGCGUGAUCUUCAGGCACUAGUCGUCCGCAACAAUGGGUACUAUGAAUCCGAAGAGCAGCGAUACCCAGCCAACGAGGACCAUCCGCUGCCGAUAGACGACUCGCCCUCGAAAGGUUCCCUGUCCGCCUUCGGUCCCCAGCGGAAGAUCAUUAAAGGUUCACUGGAGGAGCAGGAAUUCUUCGGUGAAGUGCUGCUCGGUAUCAAGCAGGUCAUCCAGACGCAUAUGAAGGAAAUACAGGUCAAAUUUCAAGACAAAUUCUUCAAUCUGGAGCUGGAGGUCAAAAAACGUGACGACAUCAUAUCAAAGCUGCAAAAUCGAAUCCACGAAUUGGAACGGGAGCAGCACGAGCUGGACGACGAAGACGGGGACGUUCUGUCGCACCAGCACCGUCAGUCCGGUUCUUCCGGUAGUGGCACAUCCAGAUCUUCCGACGAGCUACCGUUUAUGCGUGGAGAUUCCCUGGACACGAUUUUUGCCUCCUCACCGCACUCGGAGUCAGACGCCCCGCGAACGCAAAAGAUGCGCAAUCGAAAACCAAAAGGAUCACCGCGCCAUCGGCCGCUACGGAAUCGUCCAACGUGGGACGAAAGCACCGACCAAGACAGCUUCGAACAUAAGGAUUCUCCCCCCGGAUAUGCCACCGUGUCUUCCAGUAGUUUCCAGCAACCGCCUCCCGUUCCCCCUAGGCGAAUGUCAGCUUCCUCUGGUGGAGAGCGAAUUCGUAGCCCCUAUCGGGAUAUUGUGAUAUCGCAGCUUACCGGAAACAUUAUUUCGGACAGUGUCGUUGUUAAUAUUGAAACAAGCUCUAGUUCGGAGCAAUCGCAUUCAGAAAAUGAUAUCAACUAUGAGGAAGAUGAGGGAGACAGGGAGCUAAAUGUAGAAGAAGGUCUUGAGGAAGAGGAAGUCGAGGAUGAGGAUGAGUUCAUCAGUGAAUCGGGAAAAUUGGUGCAUAAUCAAGGUAAUAGGAGCAGUGAAGAUGACUUCGAUGGUGAUGACGAUGAUGACGACGAUGAUGAACCGAUGGAUCACAGUGAUUGGGAGGUGAGGAUGUUAGCUGCGGAAUUAAAGAGGCGGGAGAGUGUCAGUACGGAGCUUCCCAGCGAUCCGGAGGAUCGAGCCGGCCAGCUACGCAGAAGACGAAAACCAAGUGAAUCGGACACCGAAGGUAGCAGUAUGGAAUUGGAAAGUUUGCGGAGACCUCGGGCCUCCAGCCUGGAUCAGCACAAUUUAAGACGAGUGGCCAGCGUUAGUCACAGCACCGGCAGACGACGCGGCUCGAUCUUCAAGGCAAUGAGCUUCGAUCGUGACAAAGAUCGUCUCUGAGAAUUAAGGCUCAAAUGUGAAGUGUGCAUGUUCACCAGCGUCACCAACGUGGUGAUUAUCGAGUGGAGCAAACGAUAAACAGUGUGUAAGUGUGAACGAUGCGUAUGUAUGUGUGUACAAGAACCCAACUGCAAGAACCAACGUAUAUAAAAAACGCACUACUAGAAAAUAAAAAUGAAAAGAAAUCAACAUUUGACAUAAAACAGCUACUAGAGUUGAACUAGUUUAGAUCAAUAAUUAAGUUUAGCGAUCCACGAUAAACCAAGUCUUUGUGGAAUAGCGGUGACAUUUUUAGGGUGAGUUUAUGGGAGUUUGUUAUACCAGUUUGAACUUGAAGCGCGUGUUCGUUGCAAUGAAAACAGAGAACUUUUAUCGUACGUUUAGCACACAGUAACAAACGUCAAACUAUAAAGCAUUUACUUACUAAGUCGUUAAAAAUCUAGUCAUUUUCAUAUUUCGAAAAAAUAGCGAUUGUUAUCUUUGUUUGGUAGCUGAAUGAGACAAGGAAAGAGCAGGAAAAGCGAAAGACAAAAAAUACUCCCAACUAGCGAAGAGUUUUAUAAUAAAACAAAGUUACUACUACAUACGUUAUCUAGAAACGUGAACAUCACUAUAGAGUAAAACAGAUAUCUUUCAUUAGUUACCGAUUAUAGUACUGAAGAGAGUUUUUAAAAUGUAACUAGUAAUUAAAUCCCGUCCAAAACAAUUUCGAUUCAUUUCAACAAUGAUUAAAUGAGUCGAGUCCUUAUCCAGUAUUGCUGCACAUACUAGAAAAAAACCCCAAAAACAGACCAUGUUCACCGACGAAUUUUGUGAAAUUUUCUUCACGUAAGAGCGUGGUUGAAAAAAUAAAAUAUUUCGCAUCUACGGCGUUGGGACUUCGUUCAAGCUUCAGCUAACACUGUUGAACCUAAGUAAUCCAAUCCAAUAUUGCCAAAUAUUUUUAUUACGUUAUAAAGAAACUAGAACCUGCUCUAAAUCAGUUUCCACCGAAACUUUAUAACAUUUUGAAUCUGAUUUUCAGCAGCUAACGUAAUAAUUCAGUAUUGAUUCAAAACUGAACAACUGGCUUAAGUUGUUAUCAUAUAAAAAGAUCAUGUAGAAAUACAUUUUCGUUUGCUAGUGUAAAACUGAAUAGGUCUUUCAAAGGAAGCCCUUCAGAAGACGAAAAUCAUAAGUAUUAUUAUUAUCGAAAGUAUUCAAUUAUUUUAAAUUCUUAAGGCUCAAAUUCGAGCGCUCUACAUGCGAAAAUAUUUCAACUUCGAACAUGCGAAGUCCCGACGUUGCUAACAUCAAUUUCUCUGAAUUACUGGCUUUAUACUUACUUUGCAAGUUUGUAGAGGCCAAGAAAACAAAUAACAUCGGCUCAGAUUUUUGCUCAUCAAACCAAAAUUAGAUACUAUUCACCUUCCGGUAUCCUGUAAGGGUCAUUUAAAUAUUAUCAAAAGCAAGGAGAGCUAACUUAGCACAAAUCAAUGUGUUUUAUCCAGUGAUGGCAUGAGCUCGUGCAAAGUUGGACUGAGUAACACUUUUCCAGAUUUGAAUCCAACUUGAAUCUGCUUCCUCUCGAUAGUUUGAGUUUUUUUGCACCGCACACUCUGAUCGAUUGAGUUUAAAUGCGUGCAAUGCAUGCAGUGCACGAUGUAUCCAACGAUGCAAGCGAUGAUGCGACGCGAUGAGUUUUGUUUUUAGAUCGAAUUUAUGCUUUCAAAGGACAAUGUAACAAACUGUUGCAGCAGACGCGGCGCGAAUUUCAUCGCAAUUCGAUUUUUAUGCCAUUUUUGUUAUGCAGGAUUCAAACCCAAAUCUAACUCAAGUGAAUGCACUGUUAGUAGGGUUUACGUGCAAACCGAAAAUAAAUGUGCAAGCAAGUUUAAAAACUCACUUGGAUACGAGUGCAAAGUCACACUGCCUACUCUGGUUUUAUCAAACUCGGUUUUAAAUUCACACUUCUCUUCUUGAUAGUUCUAUAACCUUCAAGGUAAAUGCUAGACGAGUCAUAACCCUAGGCUAGUAUCAAAAAGCACUCUCAAGACCGCUGGUAGAAAGUUCUGAACUGAGUUCAAAUUGAGCUCAAUGGAAGAAACUGGAAACAGGAAUAAUAAUCAGUAUGGGUCAAAAUAAUGUUAAAGUUUGUACCAUUAACGAAGACGAACUAAAUACAAGAUGUAACAGAAAACAUACGAAUUACAUAGAAUAUUCAACCGAAUGGCAAACGACCAAACUUUCUAAGCUACGGUAGAGUUUUAGAUCAAGUAGAUUUACAUUAAAUCCAUUCAAAGAACAAUGGAUUAACUGCAGUUAAAGAGCGCAUCUUCACAAUCGAUUUUAUUACUCUUUAAAUGCAAACAUUUCAUUGCAAAAUUGAUGAUCACAAUUGCAAUUCAUUUAGAAUUUACGUAUAACUUUUUAAACUUUCGGUAAAGAACCAAAUUAUUGUGAUAAGAUUGAUUCAUAAUCAUGUCAGUUCUGCGCUGCGUUGCACAUUCUGAUCACCUGUCAUCACAUUAUUUAACACAUACGUGAGAUGUAUAAACCACAGCAUUCGGUUGAAAACCAGAAAAAAAAAUCAGUCAUUAAACAAUUGUUUCAGUUUAUACACAUAAACCACACAAAGUAUUCAUCCAAAAAGACGUUGAUUUUAAACACGACUUUUGUUAAAAUGGCAAAAAAACGGUUAGAACGAAACGAAAAAGUAAGCAAGGGUGAAUUAGAAAAAAAAGUUGGUACGAAAAAAGAUUAUAAUAAAUCAAUUAACUUUUUUAUGAUCAGAAUUCUACCUAGGGCCAACAAAAUAAAUUAUAUUCAAUAAUA